AUGCCAGCAGCAGGCGGUGGUAUCGACCGCAGUGCCUUUCAGAAGGUUCCCAAACCGGCUCGAGGCCUAUACAUCUGGCUGGCCGUCAUCUGGGCCUCGUACUGCGGUGGUCUUCAUGGCUUCAAUACUGCCAAUAUCUCUGGCGCAAUGAGCCUGGACCCCUUCGUUCGCGACUUCUCCUGGACCAACUUGUCCGCCAGCCAAAUCUCAGACAACAAAGGAUGGGCCGUCUCAUCCAUGUUACUUGGUCAAACCGCUGGCGUGAUCAUGUCGGGUCCUCUAGGUGAACGCCGUGGUCGAAAGCCUGUCAUCCUCGCCUCUGCUAUAUUUUACACCAUCGGAGCCAUUCUCAUGGCGGCCAAUGUCGGGUCAUUCGCUGAGCUACUCGCCGGUCGAGUACUCUCCGGAGUGGGAUCGGGAUUUGGCAUGACCGUGGGACCGGUGUACAUUUCAGAGGUGGCUCCCCGUGAACUGCGAGGAAUGAUGACAACAUUUUACAACAUCAACAUCAUGGCUGGAGUCGCUGGAAGUUAUUGGAUCAACUAUGCCUCUCUUGAGGUCAUAUCGGGGAGCUCAAGUUGGCAGUGGCGCACGACCUUGGUGCUGCAGCUUAUUCCGUCGAUUAUCCUCUUCAUCGGUUACGCUUUCUUCCCUGAGAGCCCACGCUAUCUGUUGAUGCGUGGUCGAGUUGAGGCUGCGCGAGAGAGCCUGUUCCGACUUCGCGGAGGGCUGGACGAAAGCGACCCAUACCUAGCGCGCGAAUACGCAGAGUUGCAGAGCAUGGCGGAGACGGGCACUGAGAGCCAGCGGGCUGUGGAUGCCCUCAAAUCUCUGGCGAGGCAAUGCAUCCAAGAUGGGGCAACGCGUCAUCUUCUAUUGUUCGUUCUGUUGAUCCAAACAUUCUUCAUCAUGUCCGGAGGCAACUCAAUCACGUACUAUGCACCGACAAUUCUCGCGUCCAUCGGCCUGAACUCUCAACAAGUCCUCCUCUUCACGGCCGUCUAUGGCUUGAUCAAAGUGGUGUCCGUCUUUCUCUAUGCGUUCUUCCUCACUGACCGCUAUGGACGUCGCCCACUGCUGCUUAUCGGAUCGACCAUCAACACACUGUGUCUGCUGUAUCUCGCAGCCUUCCUGGGAGUUGCCAACGUCUCCGACUCGGCCUCGCCCUCUCCCGCUGCGUGGGUCGCCAUUGUUGCCAUUUGCCUGUUCGCCAUUGGGUAUGGUUUCGGAUGGGCGCCAGUAUUCUCUCUGACGGCCUCGGAGAUUUGUCCGACGCACUUGCGAGGGCCCAUUGUCGCCAUUGCAUUCACAUAUCAGAAUCUAUUGAACUUCGGUAUCUCAAGAGGUUUCCCCAAUAUGACGGUGACCAUGCACGCGUGGGGACCGUUUGCCCUGUUCACUGCAUUCACGGGCUGCGCAACAGUUUGGGUAUAUUUCGCCUUUCCUGAAUGUAAAGGCCGGAGCAUGGAAAGCGUGGGGGCCAUUUUCUCCCUGCCGUGGUAUCGCACAGGGUUCAGCAAGGUUCCGACAGCGCAAGGUGACCAGCAGAACAGAGAUCUCGAGAAGGAAGCAGCGAGUAGCACUCAUGAGGAGAAUUCCGGCAAGGUGUGA